UCCAACAAGACUGCUACUGCUUCCCAUUUCAUUAUUAUUAUUAUUGCAUACCCUCUCUCUCUUUAAUCAUCAUCUUCCUCUUUUUUAUGCCAUCAAUGAACUGGCAGCAGCAUCUUUGCUUGGAUUAUAAGUUCUUAUAAAGCACCAUCGCCUCUUGCUUAUGGCACCCCAUUUUCUCAAGAAUCAUCAUUUGUGCUUCAUCGGUCACGAGUCUUGCCAAAAUGGGAAGACAACCUUGCUGUGACAAGAUUGGACUAAAAAGAGGUCCAUGGACUAUUGAGGAAGAUCAUAAGCUCAUGAAUUUUAUUCUCAAUAAUGGUAUCCAUUGCUGGCGAAUGGUUCCCAAGCUUGCAGGGCUACUACGAUGUGGAAAGAGCUGUAGACUGCGUUGGAUUAAUUAUCUGAGGCCUGAUCUUAAGAGGGGAGGCUUCACAGAAAUGGAAGAGAAUCAAAUUAUUCAGCUUCAUUCUCGUCUUGGGAAUAGGUGGGCUAAGAUUGCUUCCCAUUUUCCUGGACGCACAGACAACGAAAUCAAGAAUCAUUGGAAUACUCGAAUCAAGAAGAAGCUAAAGCAUAUUGAGCAAACACAAAUGAGCAUUAAUGGUGGGAAUAAUGAGACGAUUCCAGAAAGAAUAAAGGAGGAAAACAUGGAGAUUAAAUCACAGGAUGAUCAAGCCAACUUGAUAAGCACAGAUGAUAAAAGCAAAGGUGGCAAAGAUGAUGAGUUAGUUUCAAUGGAAGAAACGUCUGAGCUCUUGAGCAAUUAUGAAAUGUUGAAUGGAAGCAUGGAUAUGGGGUCGUGGAUUAAGCAGCUAGAAACCAAUGAUACUACUUCUUACAGCUCUUCAUUGUCUGUGGAUGAAAACAAGAAUCUUUCCAUUGGUGAAUCUCUUUCACUUGAAGAUAUGGAUUCUAUUCUCUCAUGGGAUAGCUUCAAUUAUCAUCUACUUGAUGAUAUUUUCUUCCUGGAAAAUACCCAAUACUGUAACAUACCUGCAGAUUCUGUCCCCAAGUAUUGUUGAUUUCUUGAUCAAGAAAACACAUUAUUGAAGAAGACAAAAAAAAAUUGAUGAUUUUCAUGACAGAGUGCUAUAGCUCUAUUUUCACUUGUAAUUUCUUGUUAUUUCACUACCACAGUCUCACAGAGGGCAAUAGCUUUUGUCAAAUACGUAUGACAGUAGGCUAGAAAACUCUUGAACCUUGACCAGUAUAUGUAGAACUAAUUUUUGUCUCCUCCAUUUGUGUGUUUUUUUUUUUUUUAAAUAAUUUAUAUUUAAAAAAUAUUUUUAAAAACAUUAGAGAUAUUGUAAUGCAUUUUCAAAAUAGAUAAACAACUAUUAUAAAAAUUAAAUAAUA